AUGGAUGGGCUGCAUAGAAUGCCAAUUUACCGGCACGAAGAAUGCAUUGCACGCGUCGUUUGGGCAGCUCAUAUCCUCUCCUAUCUCACAAACAACCGAAACCAUGCGGAGCUACACGAAGCCGAGAACAAUGCGGAACGCGACAGUGAUACAGAUGAGCCAAGCGAUUGCGAGACGGACUAUGAGACAGAGAAGACGGUGAUUCUAUCAGGUCCUCGAUAUUCCGUUCGCCGGAAAUUCCUGGACUCUAUUGCACAGCUGCUUUCGCCAUGCAAGGGAUGGGAUGGGGUUACUGCGACGGCGAUACGUGAAGGGGAAGAUGGAGUUGAGGUGGAUAUUGCAAGGAACGAUGCCUUUCUUUCUGAUGAAGAUCGCUUUGAUAGUGAGGUUGUGGGUUAUUGCAAGAUGUUGGAGAAAUAUCUGGCUGGUAGUGCUGGAGGAAUGAACGCAACUGCAACUUCUCCAACCGAAUUCGAGCUCAAGUUGAUAGACUACACGUCCCGUCGGAUCGAUUAUUGGAUUGAAGAUUUCCGGAAAACCCAAAAAAUUGACCAGAAUUGUCCUGACUGGAACUCUCAACGAUGGCUUGGGCAGGAGGCUGCAGUUGAAACUUGGACGACCAUGACGGAGCUUAUACUACAAUUUGAUGCCGAUAAUGGAGCCGUCAAAUCCAGACCUUUAAUAGUCCAACAAGCUUACAGAUGUCUCAAAUUUACACAAGUCCGACAGUUGCUCUCGGACACCUUUGGAACGCAGGCUGGCUUGAAGCUGUGGAGCAGGUUGAACUUUAUCGCCAGGCCGCUGGUCGACUGCCGAUUAUUGGGAUCAAUAGCUGCCCGAGAGCCGCAGUUCCGAAAUUGUCAGAUCUCACUGGUUCCGUCCAAAUCGAAGACAACUCUGGAUGCGAAAUACGUGGUUGGGAUAUUCGAGGCAUGGGAACGAUUAGGGCUGGGUUCUACACCUGAACCAGUGGUCGGGAUACUUGGUCCCUUUAGCCAGAGGUUUGAAGAGGCCUGUGUAGAGUCAUUUUCUCUGCAUGCUGAGAUGCAGCUAGUGUUGCAUUACGACGAAGGAUGUGCACCCCAACCUACCCUAGACUACUUUGGAUGCAGUAAAAGAACUUGCUUGCUCUGUGAAACCUUUCUUGGCGCGUUGCCGAGUCCCAUUUCCACACGUGGGAGGCAUGGUGUUUGCUAUCCUGCCUGGGCUGUGCCAGCCUCGAAUUCGGCUACUAUGGAGGUCGCCAUCGAACGGUUAGAGAAGAGCCUCGUAGCUCGCAUUCGAGGUCUUCUCAACGAUUUGAUGCACCCCGGGCAGAAGAGCCUUGCUGCGAAUGUCAUGCAAUCCGGCAUGGUGUCGGAUUUUUCGCACUUUACUCUGGAGGAAUGGCGGCAGAGAGAGCAGGACGUGCGGCUGUUUAAGAAUAAACAGACGACGCAGCGUAAGGACCUGCUGAUUACUGAAGGCGUUACCCCAACUGCAAAAUCGAGAUAUCGCCCGCUCGAGAACUUCGAACCUGAAGACUGCUGUGUGAUGUGUAAUACGAGCCCAGGACUACAAUGUGCACAGUGUCGAAGCACAUACUAUUGCUCCAGAGACUGCCAGAAGAGUGACCUCCCUUCACAUAGGCUUCUCUGCAAACAGUUCGCUACCCAGCCUGAUAGACCCUCUCUGGAACACAAACGGGCCAUAUUUUUCCCAGUUGAGAGGGACAAGCCAUGCUUGAUAUGGAUCCCAUGUAGACGCCAAUACGACGAGGAGGACGGCAUCAGCUGGACACAGAUUGACCCUUAUCCCUACCUCGGAACCGAUGAACCGUUCAAAAGGAUAAUGCGCGUUGAACAUAACCCAGUACGAUGUCGAAACCUGGGUUCUGGCUUUGCAGGCUUUGCCCCGUACAAGGAGGGAUACUGUGUCUCCUUGAUACAUCGCGAGGCCUAUUUAAAGGACGGGUCAAUCACGAAUAGAAGUAUAUUAGCUUCUGUGGGAGCAUCCGGCGCGUCCACCACCCUGCAUGAAUAUCGCGGCCCGAUGAUUGCCCUGCAAGGGAUUCACCACGAAGACUAUGCCGAUAUAACACUCGCCGACUUUCGACAUCUAAUGGAUUACCUAGUAAGCUACCGAAACAGGCAUAUCAGGGAAAGCGUCCCAGAUCUGCAUCACCGCGCCCCAACAACCGUCCGCGGCGUGAAGAUUUGCUGUCACGGUGAAGUAAAGUUUCAUGGGUCAGAGCCCUUUGUUUCCGUCGACGUCACCCGAGCAAACCAGAUCUCACUGGGCAGCGGAUCCAUCUCACCGAUAUCUGUCUGCCUUGGUAUGCCUAUACGGUUGUGGAAGGACCCGGACGCUGAGUUCCGCCAUGACCCGCCAGGAUGGGAGGGGGGCAUGACGGCAGACAGUAAUCCUAAUGUUGCGUUCUUGAUGAUGGAGACUGAUUUUUCCAAAGACAAGUGGGGCUGGGCGCCUAUGUACUGGAAUAGCGAGAUUGGGAAUGUCUGGGCUGUUCGUAAAGACGGGCGGGAUCUGUCUGUGGAGGAUGUAGCGAUGAUGUGCCAUUUUGCGAGGCGCAAACUACAGCGCAUGUUUGAAGACGUGAUGGAAGCGGGCUCGAGCUUGGUGAGUAGGCAGGGGGUUUUGGAUUUCAUUACUUGGGAUAAUAUGGUCACUUAUUGGGACGAGACUGGUGGGCAUUAG